UACAGAAAACUUAUUGUUUAUAUCUGAGGCUUAGUCAUAAAUGCCUUUUAAAAGAUGUGUUCCCUUUGCCAGACCGGAUGGUCAAAUCAAUUCUAAUGUACACCCUUUAACAACAUUAUUAUGUAAGGUGGAAUCGUCUCAAGAAUUUCUAUCUAAAGGGAAAUAAAAAAAUGGGAAUUUUCCAAUUGGCAUUUAGUUGCUGUUUUUGUGGUGGGAUGAUUUAUGAAUCAUGAUGUUCGUGCAAGUGUUCGUGAAUUGAAUAAAUUUUCAGUAAAAUUUGGAAAAUGAAUUUCAUAGAAGUUGGUCUCCCGCAUACAGAGUUUGUACCAACAAAGAAGGAAUUCACCCCGAGGCGCCCAAUUCCGAUGUCAGGUCUUAGCAAAAAGUACAUGGGUCUGGAGACACUUUCUAAAUCAGACCUGGGCUCUCUCAUCGACAGACUAUCACAGCCUAAAACAUCCAGUGUUCAUAACUCUGUCACCGAUACCAAUACAGAACAGAGAUGUGGUUCAGGCACAUCCGGGGGUAGAUUUACAGGUAACAAGAAGAUGAAAAAGUCUGAUUUAAACAGUAUGAUAGCCAGACUGUCAAGCGCAAAACCGGAAAGGAUACCGGAUGCGAGGCGAAUUCAAACAGCCGAGGAGCGAAGCAGACGAGGAGUGACGGCUAGUUUCGCAUGGCAAGGAAAAGGCCCCUUAAGGGGAAGCUUGUGUACGUCCAGUCAUCACACACACUAUAGAGAUCUGCUCAAAAAACAUUCUGAUAAUGACUGGUGCAGAGAAAAAAAUUAGACAGACUACAGAUGUAUUUCUAUAAUUACAAACAAUUCUUUGAUAAUUAUUCAUCAAUGAUACAUUGAAGUUAAAGUCCCACAUGGCAACAUUUUCACGAGAUUCAGAAAUAUCUGACUUGUACGGUCAUAACAGUACUACAUGUACAUUUGUACUGAAUCUUCUUCUUCAUCUAUAUUUCAUCAUUUUCUUCAUUUAUAGUAAUUCUUCUACCAUAAUUCAUCAAUUAAAUUUUUUUUAUACGUUUCAAUAAAAAUCUCAUUUUUAGAGUUGAUAUAAUUGAAUUAAGGAAUAACUGUCUGGUUUCAUGAUGUGAUGAUGCGAUUGGCUUGCGUGAUAAUUUGCAUGAACACAUCAUAAAACCGAAAAAUCUGACAGUAAUUCCUUAUAAUUACAUGCUCUUGAUUCCGCAAUUUAACGUGUUACAAGCCCCGCUUACUUCUGUUUCUCUCCCGAUCCGCACGUGUUUUUUUUUUAACCACGCCUAUCGAUGAACCAGUAGCUUUAUGUAGAAAUGAAGUAUUUUUACUCUUUGUAGUUUUAUCUCGCACAAAGAAAUUUUAAAAUGUAAAUAUUUUGACAAGAAAAAUCUUGAUCAAUUAUUUCGAUUAAUUUCA